GCUCGGGGCGGGGCGGGGCGGCGGCGGCGCGGCGGGAAGGGGCGGCGAUGGCGGGCCGGCGCGGGGCUCUCAUCGUGCUGGAGGGCGUGGACCGCGCCGGGAAGAGCACGCAGAGCCGCAAGCUGGUGGCCGCGCUGUGCGCCGCCGGCCACCGUGCGGAGCUGCUCCGCUUCCCGGAAAGAUCCACUGAAAUUGGCAAACUUCUGAGUUCUUAUUUGGAAAAGAAAAAUGAGGUGGAGGACCACUCGGUGCACCUGCUCUUCUCUGCGAACCGCUGGGAACAAGUGUGUGCAGACCUGCUUGUUGGCUAUCCAUCUUCUCUGCAGCAGCACCCAAGGCCCCCUGUUCAGAACCUCCCAGCCAUUGCCUGCAGGCCAUUAAUUAAAGAGAAGUUGAGCCAGGGUGUCACCCUCGUUGUGGACAGAUACGCAUUUUCUGGUGUUGCCUUCACUAGUGCCAAGGAGAACUUUUCCCUGGAUUGGUGCAAGCAGCCAGACGUGGGCCUCCCCAAGCCGGACGUGGUCGUGUUCCUUCAGUUACAGUUGGCGGAGGCUGCCGCUCGGGGAGAGUUUGGCCGUGAGCGUUACGAGAACGGGACUUUCCAGGAGCGGGCUCUGCAGCGCUUCCACCAGCUCAUGGGGGACCCGAGUUUGAACUGGAAGGUGGUCGAUGCCUCCAGAAGCAUGGAAGACGUGCACAAGGAAAUCUGUACCCUCUCCGAGGACACCAUCCAUGCUGUCUCACAGAGGCCGCUGGGGGAGCUGUGGAAGUAGAUGCAUGGAGCCCCCUCCCCUGCCAUCCUGCAAGCCCCAGCGUGCAGACAGCUGCCCUCACAGGUGAACAACCUGGUGCUAUGUACCAAAGCGGCUGCAAGUGGAGCCCCCGGGCCACCCUGUGAGCUGGGGUCCACGUGUCCUGGCUGCCUUCCUCUGCCUCCUUUUUGCCCUGAAGAUGUCAAUAAAUUAUUGUGCUUUUCUAUGGACAAUAAGCAACAGCCACACCCAAGUAGUUUCACUGGAAUCAUUGAAAUGGCAAUUGGUUGAAAUUCUCCUGCAUUUCUAGUAAAAAUCAGGCACUAGUAAAA